AUGGCCGCCGUCCAGAUACUGUCUGCUGUUGACACUGCCUUUGGGCCCUUUCCCGGUGUCCUUUCGACCGAACGUAAGCACCCGUCGUCGAUUCCCAUAUUUUUGCAGGGUAUCCUGGCCUGGUCGACCUUCUGUCCCGGCGUCGGCGCCUUGCGGCUCUUCGCCGACCUGUUCUCUUUCGCCAUCAUCGUUGACUUCCCGUUCUUCAAGCUCGGCCCCACAUGGGCCUGCUUCCAGCUCUUCUGCGCCGCCGGCUCCGGCCUCAUGAUUACCAUCCUCUUGCCAGCUCUGCAGACACCGCUGGACGAGGCCUAG